AAGAAGAUAUUCACCACCAUUAUCUCUCAAUGCACCAUUACAUAGUUUCUGCUCCUUCUUCGAUUUAGCCCAUCACAACACCAGUAAAAGAUAUUGACUACCACAACAGAACAGUGGAAUCUUGAACCGUCACCACCAUACCAGUGAAAGAAAUAACUGAAUAGGUUUUUCAGUGGGUAUCUGUACAGUGAAGAGAAGAAAUUGUUUUGAGAAGAGUGAUGACUCACUAAUCCGAGAACUGAGUUGAACAGAUAGACAGAGAAACACAAUGGAAGCGCUCAAGUUUUGGAGAGUAUCUUCAAGUCCAUUCAAACACUUCAUGUAUUUCGCCUCUGCAACUACUAAAACCACAUCCACUAAGUUCAUCUCUUUCAGGUGUUGUUCUUCUUCUCCCACCCCUUCCACUAACACUACCACUAACACUACCACUACCACUACCACUCAAGUAGUUUCAGACCGCAAUAAUCGUAGAAGGUCAUCUUCUUCAUCAUCAUCAACUUCUGAUAGAGAUUCUAUUCGAGCUAUUCGUCUCAAAAAGGUAGAAGAAUUAAGGACUAAAGGUCAUGAACCUUAUGCUUAUGGAUGGGAUAGAACUCAUACUGCUAGUCAACUUCAAGAAAUUUAUAAGAAUUUAGGUAAUGGUGAAGAGUCGAGUAAAGAUGUUGAUUUGGUGUCAAUAGCUGGAAGAAUUAUUGCUCGUAGAGCUUUCGGGAAGCUUGCUUUUUUAACACUAAGAGAUGAUUCUGGAACAAUUCAGCUUUAUUGCGAAAAGGAAAAGCUUCUGCAAGAUCAGUUUGAUCAGUUAAAGACGCUUGUGGAUAUCGGUGAUAUAUUAGGUGCAAGUGGUUCAAUAAAGCGGACAGAGAAAGGAGAGCUUUCUGUUUACAUAAGUUCAUUUGCCCUUCUCACAAAAUCUCUUCUCCCAUUACCUGAUAAGUUUCAUGGUCUAACAGAUGUAGAUAAGCGUUACCGUCAAAGGUAUGUAGACAUGAUUGCAAAUCCUGAGGUAGCUGACAUAUUCAGGGCAAGAGCCAAGAUUGUGUCAGAGAUACGAAAGACAGUGGAAGCAUUUGGUUUCAUCGAAGUUGAAACUCCAGUUCUACAGGGAGCAGCUGGUGGGGCGGAAGCUAGACCAUUUGUUACAUAUCAUAAUUCACUUGGAAGGGAUCUUUAUUUGAGAAUUGCAACUGAGCUCCACUUAAAGAGAAUGCUGGUCGGAGGAUUUGAAAAAGUAUAUGAAAUUGGACGAAUUUUCAGAAAUGAAGGCAUUUCAACCCGUCAUAAUCCUGAAUUUACCACUAUUGAGAUGUAUGAAGCAUAUUCAGACUACCAAAGCAUGAUGAACAUGACGGAGGAAGUCGUCGUUAGAUGUGCUCUUGCAGUUCAAGGGAAGCUUACUGUUGAUUAUCAGGGUUUGGAAAUAAGUCUAGAAAGGCCUUGGAGGAGGGAAAGCAUGCACAAUCUCGUGAAAGAAGCAACUGGAAUUGACUUUAAUGAGUUGGGAAAUGAUGUUAAAGUAGCUAAAGAAGUUGCUAUUAAAGCACUUGAGGUCAAGGAUAGGUCUUCUAUUGAAGCUUGUCCAUCUGUUGGCCACGUUCUAAAUGAGGUUUUUGAGAUUGUUGUAGAGCCAACACUCCUGCAGCCAACAUUUGUUUUAGACUAUCCAGUCGAGAUAUCACCUCUUGCUAAACCACAUAGAAGUAAAGCUGGUUUGACUGAGAGAUUUGAAUUAUUCAUCUGUGGUCGUGAACUUGCCAAUGCGUUCUCUGAGUUGACAGAUCCUUUGGAUCAGCGAGAUCGCUUAGAAAAACAAGUGAAGCAGCAUAAUGAGAAGAGAGAAGCAAGUGGUUUACAUACCGAUUCUGCAGAAGAAAGAGAAAAGAAAAACGAUGAUGAAUCUUACGAAGUCACUCUAGACGAAGAUUUUCUGACAGCUUUGGAAUAUGGAAUGCCACCCGCUUCUGGAAUGGGACUUGGAAUUGACAGGCUAGUAAUGCUUCUGACAAACUCGGCCAGCAUUCGUGAUGUUAUCGCAUUUCCUGUCCUCAAAGUUCAGCAAUGAUUGGUCUUCUGGAUUUCUUAGCUAGAUUUUUUGGCAUCCUAAGAAGCUCACUACAUUAUGUGCAGGUUAGGCAUGCAGAUUCUUAGUUAUUUUAAUAUUGUUACACUGCACAAUAUGGAAUUUUGUUAGAGCAUUCCCAUUAUUGCGUGACUAAUAGUGGAUAAAAUGUCUUCUUUUAUUCAAACUGUAAAAUUUCCCCUUCAAUUAUUCAUAUAUCGUCUUUGUCAUCACAUACAA